UGAAAAGAUGGAAUUUUUUCAUCGUUUGUGGACAAAGUCAACUCAAUGCAAAGCCUUGGAACAGUCGAGCGGGAAAUUAGAGACAUUGUUUUUCGAAUCUGUUUACCGUGUUACGUAUUUUGCAGGAUGGGCUCUUUUGGACAACACCUUAAAGUAUCGCAUAUAUAGCGGGAUCCUGAAGCUGGCGGUCGGUUUCUUGAUAAGCUGCGAGGCUUGGCAUCUCGUGAGCAAGUCUACCAGCUUAGAUGGCAUCAUUGACAACGUUAAUGUUACUCUCAUGCACUUAAUUGCUCUAUAUAGAUAUCAAAAUAUGAGAGCAAAUAAAACAAUUUACAAAAAGCUUGCGUCAGCUAUGGAGUCUCCUUACUUUGAUACAUCCACACCGAGGCGACAGGAAAUGGUUAGGUUUUGGUCUCAAAGGAACGAGAGAUUUUUAAAACUACUACUGCUGUUGGGUUCUUGUACUCUAGCUGCGUGGCACAUCUACCCUUUAGUGGACGACAUAGAUUACAAUCUGAUGGUAUCAGCGCGCUUCCCUUUUGAAUAUCAAACGCCGAUUCGUUUCCCGAUCCUUUAUAUCAUAGUACUCAUAACAUUUAAUUAUGCCUCUCUGUUCGUAAUGGUCAACGAUCUCAUAAUGCAGGCGCAUUUGAUGCACCUGUUGUGUCAGUAUACCGUAUUAGGAGAUUGCUUCGAGGGCAUUAUUGACGAUUGUAUUGGAGACAAAAAUAGAAAGGAUGAAAGACACAUUAUUAGUACAGAUCAAUUUAGAGAGAAAUUCUUAAAUAGGCUGAACGAUUUGGUGGAGCAACACAAAUUUAUUUUAAACAACACAAUGGAACUGAAGCAUUCGUUAAGUAUACCAAUGUUGGGACAGCUGGCGGCAAGCGCAAUGCUUAUAUGCUUUGUUAGUUAUCAAGCUAUAAGAACGGCUGGACCGAACAAUGUAAAGUUUUUCAUGAGUCUCCUCUAUUUGAUGUACAACCUUUUCGAGUUGUCUAUUUUCUGCAAGUGGUGUGAUGAGAUCAAAUUACAGAGUGAAAAUAUCGCUAAUUCAGUUUACUGUGCGCGUUGGGAGAGGGGUCUGACAGCGACAAGAGGAGUGGGCGCAUGCCUGUUGCUGAUCGCGACUCGCGCUCGCAAGCCGCUCGUCCUCACCGCCGGAGGCUUGUUCGAUUUGUCACUAGCCUCAUAUACCACUUUGGUGAAGACGUCCUAUUCAGCUGUUACAGUUUUGCGAAGAUUUCAGCAGAAUUAG